UCUUCUCUCCCACCAAGAUGGCGGCGCUAGGCGAGGAACGGCGGCUCCGGUCGGCAGCUUCACGAUGCUGUCAGACCUGCUGAGUUUUCCAGUUUUUUCUGUUUUUGUUUCAGAUUUCCAGCAUCCGCGGUAUUUUGCUUUUAUAACAUGGCUGAUGUUUGUCUUGCACUGGGGAAGAAAGUGGGACCAGCUGAGAAAUCCACAACAGAGGAAGACCAAAACUCUGAAGCAGAAGCAUAAAUUGGUUACAAUGACCAACAAGGUCGAACCACAUCUGGAAAGUUACCCUUUCAGGCCUUGCUCUGAAGCUCCCAUGAAUUAUCCUGGCUGUAAUUUUCAGGAUUAUAUUCAGAUGAAAACUACAAACGGCUGAAGCACCUGGUUUUCCAAAUGUUUACACAGACAGUAUUUUAAAUUCAAAUUCCAGUCAUGGCUUAUGAUGAAGCACUCAAGAAAAAAGAAGAUUGUAUAGUGGGUGAAAGCGGAAUUGAAGAGGUGGGUCUGGCAGCAGGCAGAAGCCAACGAGAGAAGAAGCGCUCGUAUAAAGAUUUGCUGAGAGAAGAGGAGGAAAUAGAUGCAGAAGUCCGAAAGUCAGCCAAAAAGAAAGCGAAGGAGACUGAAGGUUUCCUGUUGGCUGCUGAUUUUCAUAAGAAAAAAAAGAAACUGCACCAUUUAACGGGCGAAGAAUUCUACUAUGGAGAACUGUCACCUAUGGAACCUGUGAAGAAGAAGAAGAAGUCUGAGGGUCAUCAGGCUGAUACUGCCAUGGGUCUCCUCAAGGCCAUGACCUCACCUAUAUCAGCAGUUCCAAAACCUUCCAAAAAAGUAGAGAAAGCAUUUUCUGCUUUUAGCUCACCAUCCUACCCUCCUUUAUACCCCGAGAGCAGAAAGGAGCACAAGAAAAAGGCCAGCAGUACAGAGCAUGAGGAAACCUCUGAAGAAGGGGACUUCCACAAGUCAAAAAAGAUGAAGCCACUUUUUGUAAAUACGGACACUGUGACUGUGCGUGAGGCGGAGGGCUUAAAAAUGAAACUCCUCCUCUCGCCCAAGGACAAGUCAGGCACGGAUGAUGAGGCAUUCAACUUUGCCGCGGCAUCGAGUCUCAAGAAAUCAUCGAAAAAGAUGAGCAGAGAGGACCAUGCCACUUUUCUUUCUGCCCUCGACGCCCACAGCUUGCCAAAAGCCGUUGUUCGUAAAAAGCACAAGUCGGAGUCCCGGGUUAGCGAGAGCUUCGACUCCGAAGCGCAUUUCUACACUGACGUCCACUCCAGCAACCUCUCCGAGUAUGACCUCUCGGGUUUGGAGGCGCUGGAUACGGCGUCAUCCUCCGGUGGAGAGCUGGAGGCGGGAGAACUGGUUAUUGAUGACUCUUUCCGCGAGAUGAAGAAGAAAAAGAAAAAAGACAAAAAGAGCAAAAAGAAGAAGGACAAGGAGAAACACCGAGAAAAGAAGCACUCAAAGUCAAAGAAGAUGCACCCCCAUUCCCCUGGAAAGGUCUUAUCAGCCACUAAGUGUUGUCAUCCAUCACAGUCGACAGUUAGCACUCCUUAUGCAAUAAAUGUGCCCCCGCCUUCCAUAUUCCACAUGGAAGGACAGAGUGAGAAAAAGAAAAAAAAGGAAGAAAAAGACAAAGAGAAGGUUGAGAAACCAGAAAAGAAAAAGAAGAAUAUGUCUGCUUAUCAACUGUUUUGCAAGGAGUACCGGAUUAAUAUUGUUGCUGAACAUCCAGGAAUAGAUUUUGGUGAGCUUAGCAAGAAGUUGGCUGAGGUAUGGAAACAGCUUCCUGACAAGGAAAAGCAGGUCUGGAAGCAGAAGUGCCAAUACUUACAGCACAAGCAGAACAAAGCUGAGGCCAUGACGGUGAAACGGAAACUGACUGAUCUAUUGGAAGAGACAACUGCUAAACAGAAAGGCAGACAAAUCUCUUCGUCUCUGUCCAGUAUGGCAACAUCUCACAAGAAAUCAUCCCAUUUGGUAGGAUUAGGAGGAAGCAGUCACUCCUCUUCCCCCAUUAAAAUGCCAGAAAUCGAUCCAAUCGAUGUCGCAGCCCACUUGCAGCUUCUGGGUGAAUCGUUGAGUCUCAUUGGUCACCGACUGCAAGAAACUGAGGGUAUGGUGGCAGUGUCCGGGAGUCUCUCUGUCUUGCUGGACUCCAUAAUCUGUGCACUGGGCCCUUUAACUUGCCUCACUGCACAGGUUGAUCGUCUCAAUGGCUGUCCAAAAGAAGUUUUGGCCCAUACUCUGGAUAACAUUGCCUAUAUCAUGCCAGGGCUUUGACCUUUGGAUAAACUUGGAGCUGAUUGAAUAGCAGAAAACUGAAUAAUAUAUUGUACAUAAAGACUUUGCUGCAGAAGAACACAUUUGUGUUGUUCCCUUUUUCAUAGUUAUUGUAAUUAUUGUUGAAAGCCCUGGUUUGAAAUGAUCGAGACAAGGUAAGCCUGGGACUGGAGACUUGCUGGGAAGAAUGUGCAUUUACCAGAGCGAUUGUUGGAUUAAUCUGCACCUACCAGGGACCACUUUGACACCAAAUAUGAACACAAGCACUGGACCACCUUGUGCUGAAACCUAAUUGUUUUCACGGGUAUGUGUCUUUUUGUAAGCCUGUAAUGUUUGAAAAAAAUGUAUAUUACAAUUUUUUUUUUAGAACUGCAAAUCUGGAAUAAAAUGAAACAGUGGAAAAAUGUAACUGAUCAGUCGCCAUCUGAAACUCAAAAAAUGGAAUGUUCUGAUAAAAGGUCAGACCCACAGGUGCCAAACUGGCCUUUCAUUUUCAAAGCUGAGCAACCUGAUUUGUAUUUGCCGUGUUCUUACUGUUUUAUUUCAUUAUUUUAUGGCACUGAAAAUACAGCUUCUCCCCUGUUUCUGUUGUCAUUGUUACUGGCCUUUAAUAUAAACUCUCCCAUGGAUUCCUCCUGUCGUGGAGUAUAAAUCACCCCUCCCCACCCCACUUGGAGAGCAGCUUGCUGAGGCACGUAAUGAUAUUGUGACAAAUAAUUUUCCUAUUUCAAGCUUGACUCAAUGCGUAGACAGCUCUCGUACGAGAUACACACAGCAUUUAACAUUUUUACAUUUGUUUUGGGUAGGCAAAAUCUUGUACAUCUGUCUCUUUUUGCAUUCUGAUUUUUACCCUUACCCUUAUCCUUUCCUCAACAAUUUGUCUGGUAUUCGGGUAGCUCUUCUUGAUGUGAGUCUGGACAGUGAGUGUUAGACUGUUAUUUCUCAUCGAGGUAUUACAGUUGAGCCAUUCUAGUCCUUUCCAAUAUGCACUUGGUAGCUGGAUCAUUGGAUAACAAUCAGGAGAGGGAAGGUGGACCUUUCAGAGAAUGGCACAGCGACAAAGUAGGCCAUUCGGUCUAUAUGUGAACGUGUCGACUCUUUGAAAGAGCUAUCCAAUUAGUCUCCUUGCACCGAAAGCCCUGAAAAUGUUUCCCUUCCAAGUACUUAUUGAAUCUGCUUCCACAACCCUUUCAGGCAGCGCAUUCAGAUCACAUCUCGCUACAUUUUUUUAAAAAAAUUCCUUUCUUGUUCUUUUGGCACUCAUUUUAAAUCUGUCCCCUUUGGUUACCAACCCUUUUGCCACUUGAAACAGUUUCUCCUAACUGAUUUCAGUAUCUCAUUAUUGCCCUAGUUUCCUCUGUACGACCUGUUACUGCAUUAACCAAAUAGCAUUAUUAAUAGAUAAGAGCAAAAUACUGUGGAUGCUGGAAAUCUGAAACAAAAACAAAAAUUGUUCGACAAAAUAAGCAGGCCUGACAGAAUCUGUGGAGGGAAAGAAAGAGUUAAUGUUUUGAGUCCAUAUGACUCUUCAGAGCUCUGAAGAAGAGUCAUACGGACUCGAAACGUUAACUCUGUCUUUCUCUCCACUGAUGCUGUCAGACCUGCUGAGUUUUUCCAACAAUUCUUGUCUUUGUUUCAGCAUUAUUAAUAGCAUUUUUAGAAACAGAAAUUACCUAUCCAGUUGUAAAUGAUCCGAUUAUCUAGCUGGUUCCCGGUGCAGGACUGGGCUAAUUACUGGUGGUAACUCCAGACAACAUGCUUAAUGUUUAUUGGAUGUCUUGGGACAUUUUACUGCAAUAAAGGUGCUAUAUAAAUGUAA